AAUCGCCUACAGUUGAGCCGAGCGUUCUCCGUACAUUUUCACUAAAAAAGAAAAAAAAAAUAUUUAAACCCAGAAGAGAUUAUUAUCCACGGGAAACACGUACGAGAGGCGGGAAAAUGGCGGCGGCGAGCGUCGGCGCGCCGCUGCUUGGACUGGGCGGCGCGGAGGCGACGCUCUCUCGGCUUCGCCCUCCGCCGCCCGGCGGCCACGAAUCCAUCCCCCUCCGCCGAUCCGCCGCUGCAGUCGCCGCUUCGAUCCCCCGCCGCCGCGAAUCCCUCCGCUCAGCAGAAAGGGCAUCAGUUGCGAGCUCUCGAAAAACUCCGACUCGUGCGAUGCUCGGCUUCCCAUCCCUAUGUCCUACUUCUCUUCCUUCCAGGCAGAGCCGCGGACGUAACAAUGUGCGGCGGCGAGCGCCCGUUGCUGCCGCCCUUCUUGAGCUGAAGCCACCUCCUUAUCCGCUGGACGCGCUGGAGCCGCAUUUGAGCCGGGAGGCAGUGGAGCAUCACUGGGGACGGCAUCAGAGGAGCCACGUGGACUGCCUCAAUGCAGCGAUUGCGGGGACCCAGCUGGAGGGGAUGGAGUUGGAGGACAUGGUGGUCGCUGCCUACAACAAGGGCGACCCUCACCCUCCCUUCGUCCAUGCCGCGCAGAUUUGGAACCAUGACUUCUUCUGGCAGUCGAUGAAACCUGGUGGUGGAGGGGAGCCCUCCGGGAGACUCAUGGAGUUGAUCGAGAGGGACUUCGGAUCGUACGAAAGGAUGAUAAAGGAGUUGAAGCACGCAGCAUUGACCCAGUUUGGUUCUGGAUGGGCUUGGCUUGCGUAUAAGGCGAACAGACUCGAGGUAGGAAAUGCUGUUAAUCCUUGUCCCUCAGAAAAGGAUAAUAAGCUCGUGGUAGCUAAAACUCCUAAUGCUGUGAAUCCACUGCUUUGGGAUUAUUCGCCACUCCUUGCCAUUGAUGUUUGGGAGCAUGCUUACUACCUGGACUAUGAGAAUCGAAGGGCUGAUUAUGUGUCCACCUUUUUGGACAAGCUCGUCUCGUGGGAGGUUGUUAGCUCGCGGCUCGAAAAUGCAAUCAAUCGAGCCACAGAGAGGGCAAAGGUGGACGAGAAAAGAAGACAAGACGACGACGUUGAGGCUACUAGCAGAAAGCCUGUUGAGAUGUAUUUAGAUAGCGACAACGAUGAUUCGGAGACUGAAUAAAAGGGUUUUUCGCUCUUCUUUUUUUGAGCGAAAUUAGGGCUCGACCUUGUUAGAGAUUCGCUGAGAGUUCUGAUGCAAGAGUCUAGGGAGUUCGUUAGAGAAAGAUAAUAGCACACAAAAAGAUUCAGCUUAGUGGGCUAACCUAGUUUGUAAGCCUAGUGGAAUUACAGUGGCCGGAGAGAUCACUUUCUGUCACUAUCAUGUACAUUUUCCAGUGCAGUUUAAUGAGUUUACUGAAGGGCGUAUUUGGUUGGUUGAAAGUGAUAUUACCGAAAGUAACACUUUUAAAAAAUGAUGUCUUAUCAGUUAUUUAUUUGGUUUGUGAAAAUAAAUAUAAAAAUCACUUUACAAGAGUGGAUUGAUAAAGUGAGUUCUAACUAAAUCUCACUUUUUCGACGGCUCAAAAAUUUUUGAAGUCACUGAAAGUGAAGUGUAAUAAACUGAAAAUUUGAGUUGCGAUGCUAACUUUCAUCUGAAAGAUCAAAGUGAAGUUUGAAUUGGAUGUGCAUCAUUCCAGAGUGUUUCUGGACUUGUGGGAAUGAACUCUGGGGUUAAUUGAGUGUUUCGGCGCAAAUUGUGCGCGAAAUGAAUUUGAAUGAGAAUUUUCGGAUGAUGAGGUUAACUUUGAUUCAAUUGCUCAAAGAGAAGCAAUAAUGUAAAUUGUGGUAUUCUCGAGUUAAAUUGGAGGCUUGGGGAUAGUUAAUCAGAAGUUUGGAAGGUGUUUAGAGAUGUUCAGAAUUAUAAUAUGUCGAGUUUCCAAUUACAUUGCUAAUUUUGAUCAUAUUGAUCAAGAUAAUGUAAAAAUGAAAUUAGGUUGCUUCCGAGCUUAAUUGGUAACUUCGGCAUAGUGUUUAGUAUGUUUUGGAAGUGUUUGGAUGGACUCGGAGUGAACUAGACGCGCAAAAGGGGCUGAAAACUGCUGCUGCCAGCUGCUGUUUAGUGUAGGGACUAAUUUGUAAACCUGCAGGGACUGAUUUGUGAACCUGCAGGGACUGAACUGUGAACUGCUGGACUGCAAUGCAGUUUCAGUCUUUCGAGGGGUUAAGUUGCAAAUUUUUGCUCUUAUCUCUUCAACCCUGGUCUCCUACAGCUGCCCACGUACCAGAAAUCCCCUCCCACAGCCUUCUUCUCAUCUCUUUCCUCCUCUUUCUCUCUCUAGGCUGGUUGGAGCUCGGUUGAAGUAGAAAUGGGCAGAUUUUGAGGUUGAUGCUGGGAGGAGCUGCCGAGUAGAAUUUUUGGCUAUUGGGGCUGAGAGCAACCUGGUAGAACAUCUAAUUAAGUGGCUGCAAAGAGGGAAGUAGUGGAGCAGAUUUUCAGCGUUGGAGUUUAUUUGCUGUUGGAGCUGAAAGCAAGCUAGUUGAGCAACAAAUUGAGGAAGGUUGGACGUGCUCGAAAACUCAAAUUGAUAUUCUGACGGACCUACGAUGCGCUAAUUAAGAAACACUUCGUUCUAGCCUUAUUUGCAUCGAGCCGCGAGAGCUAGUUGCUUGUACAUUCCGGGACGUUGGUUCUAGUUUUUCGGCAUCCCUAUGCGAAACCUAGUGGGUGAGUCGGCGAGGUCGGUAGCCGAAUCCACUGGGAACUUUCAGUAGUUCUCACCCCACUAACCAUGCAGGUUCUAGUUCGUGUGGGGUGAUCGAGGGUCGUGACAGGGACACCUCGCAAUAGAUAGCGACAUCCAUUGAGUAUAGUUAUACCUUGUACAGCUCAUCGGUUUAUAGUUGAUGAAAGAAAAUGUAAAUUAUUCAUUUGAGAGAUGGCAAUGUAAAUGUUAAAGAAUGUGUAUAACAAAUGAUAAACUUUGUAUUUGAUUUAAAGUAAUCAAGAUAUAAUAUAUGAAUGGUUUAGUUAGUUA